GCGUAACAUCGGAGUUAAGGGACAUAACCUUCGAGUGAUGCAAAGCCAAAGUUUAAUUAUCGUUCCAUUCAUUCUUCUUCCUCUCUUCUUAACUUCUGCGUCUGCUCAACUCUCCCUCAACUUCUACAGCAAAACAUGCCCUAACGUUGAGUCAUUAGUCCGCUCGGCGGUUCAAGAGAAGUUCCAGCAAACUUUUAUCACAGCUUCUGGAACUCUUCGACUCUUCUUCCAUGAUUGCUUUGUUCGAGGAUGUGAUGGCUCCGUGUUGCUGGCAUCGCCAACUAAUCAGGCUGAGAAGGAUAGUUUUGAUGACCUUUCGCUCGCCGGAGAUGGAUUCGACACCGUGAUCAAAGCAAAGGCAGCUGUUGAUGGUAAUCCUAACUGCAGAAACAAAGUUUCAUGCGCAGACAUUCUUGCCUUGGCCACUAGAGAUGUCAUCAAUUUGACAGGGGGACCAUUUUAUCAAGUUGAAUUGGGGAGACGCGACGGCCUGAUAUCUACCAAGACCAGCGUUAACCACAACCUUCCUAAACCUUGGUUCAAUUUGGACCAGCUCAAUACCAAGUUUUCCGAGCAUGGUCUUUCCCAGACAGACAUGGUAGCAUUAUCAGGUGCACACACCAUAGGUUUCUCCCACUGUAGCCGCUUUUCCAGGCGUAUCUACGACUUCAGUCCCACAAACAAAAUCGACCCAACACUCAACUUCCAAUAUGCACUGCAGCUGAGACAGAUGUGCCCUGUAAAUGUCGACCCCAGCAUCGUCGUUAACAUGGAUCCGACCACUCCUCAGACCUUCGACAAUGCCUACUUCCGGAACCUUCGGCAAGGGAUGGGCCUGUUCAGCUCUGACCAGAUUCUGUUCACUGAUCCUAGAUCCCAACCCACCGUUAACCUCUUUGCAUCAGACAAAGCAGCUUUCCAACAGGCUUUUGUUGAUGCCAUCACUAAACUUGGCAGGGUGGGAGUCUUGACUGGAAACCAAGGCGAGAUUCGGCAAGAUUGCAGCCGCGUCAACUAGAUUUGUUUCCCCUUUCCGUUUACCUUAUUCUAUGUUUUACAUUCAUUCCAGAUGUUUCCGCCUAAGAGAUAGACCUCCAGAAAAUUCUUAAUAAAAGUAAAUCAAUUAU